AAAAGAUGAUGUUCUUUUUGACCGUCCUGGGAUUUACUGAGUACCUACAGCAAGAUCCCCCCCAGCCCAAUGAACCAAGCGUGGUACCACAACAACUAUCUCGCCAUAAAUAUUAUUCUUGAAGGGCUGGGAGAUACGUUGUACCCCGUCUAUGCUGGUGCUAAGCUUGCAAAAGAGCUUUGGAAUGGCUUGAACAAGAAGUAUCAAGCUAAAGAUGCCGGCACGAAGAAGUUCAUCGUCGGGAAGAUGCUGGACUACAAGAUGGUUGACAGCAAAUCUGUUGUCGCCCAAGCUGAAGAGCUUACGGUCAUCUUCAAUAAAUACAAUGAAGAGAAAGUAGGCGUCAGUGAGGAAUUCCAAGUGGCAGCCAUCAUCCACAAACUUCCCCGAUCGUGGGAAGACUUCCAAGCCGACCUCAAGCUCAAAAGAACAGAGCUAAACCUGGAGCAACUGCUCAUACGAUUGAGAAUCAGAGAGGAGGGGCUUGCUAGAAGAAGUGGAGGGGCAAAGGCGAAUGUUGUAGAACAUCCGUCGGGCUCUUCACAUGGCGGGAAGGACAAAAAGAAGAUGGGUCCUAUAGGUGGAGUUUCUAAAUUUGCAGGAAAGUGCUACAAUUGUGGCAUUACCGGGCAUCGUUCCUCCGAUUGUAGGAAGAAGAAGCCACAGAAGAACAAGAAGAAAACCACCGAAGCUAUGUGUGCAGAGCUCGACAACUUGGACCUCUGCGAGGUUGUCACCGAGGCCUAUGUUCGUGAUGUUCUUAGUAUGUAAGAUGUUAGUGAGCUUAUGGGUGU